AUGGAGGCCCACGCGCCCGGCGCGUGCAAUCGCUCCCCUAACCUCCCAUCAAUUUCAUCCGGCGAACCCCUCUCCACCGAAACCCUAGCUUCCCUCAGAUCCCUAAUCAUCAACCCCUCAACUCCCGCCGUCGCAAUUUCAUCACUCACCGAAACCCUAACUCGCUCUCUCCAACUCAGUCGCGACCCGCACCGCACUCUCAAGCUCCUCUCCGACCUCGCCGCGCAACACCCUCACCUCUCCGGCCUCGUCUUCGACUCCGUCCGCUCCAACUCGCUCCUCUCCACCGAGUCGACUCGCGUCGCCGCCGAGUCACUCGAUUUGCUGGCUUCGAUUUCAGAGCGCAAUCGAUCCCUGACCCCCGCGAUUGAAGAAAUCGAUGACCGGUUGUUCGCCUCGCUUUGUUUCAGUCCUGCUCCGGCGACACGGCCGUGGCUGAUCAGAAACGCCGGCAGGUUUGGUGUGCAGCCUUAUCUGUUAUCGAGUAUGUUUCUAGGGUUUACGAAGGAUCCGUAUCCGGAUGUGAGGAGAGCUGCGUUGGAUGGACUCGUUGGUUUGAGUGAGAGCGGCGUUAUUGACGACGGUGAUAUGAUCAGAGGCUGCUACUUCCGUGCCGGUGAGCUUCUAAACGACAUGGAAGACGGCGUUAGGGCUGCCGCAAUUCGAGUGGUUUUAGCUUGGGGUUUAACACUCAUGGCUUGCGAUUCGGAGGCGAAAGCAUACUGGUCUGAUGAAGUGUUUGUCAAGAUUUGUUCGAUGGUAAGAGACAUGAGCAUGGAGGUCAGGAUUGAAGCUUUUCAUGCCCUUGGGAAGAUAGGAAUGGUAUCCCAAGAUAUUCUUUUGCAAACCCUGUCAAAGAAAGUGCUGGUGACUACUAAAGAAAAGAAAUCUCUUGCUCAGUGUUCUGAUGAACAACUGGAAGUAUCAGGGUCUAGUGUUGCUGGAGCUUUCAUGCAUGGACUUGAGGAUGAAUUCCAUGAGGUACGAAAAGCUGCAUGUCAUUCUUUGGGUACACUGACCAUACUCUCUUCCAAGUUUUCUGGAGAAGCCUUGAACUUACUGAUGGAUGUACUGAAUGAUGACUCAAUGCUUGUGCAGUUACAAGCUUUUGAAACUAUGCAUCAGAUGGCAACAUUUGGUCAUCUGAAGGUGCAAGAAAAACACAUCCAUAUGUUUCUUGGCACUCUGGUUGACCGUAAUACCCUGACAAGAUCUGCUGCAAGGAAAAUACUGAAAUUGGCAAACCUGCCAAAUUUGAAGUUGUUUAGAUCAACUAUUGAUACCCUUUUAGAUAACCUGGAAAUGUGUCCACAGGAUGAAGCAGAUAUAUUAAAUGUUUUGUUUCAUAUUGGACAAAAUCAUGGAAAGUUUGUGGUCCGCAUCAUUGAGGAGGUCUCUCAGCAGAUGGAGCCAGUGUCUAAUGGCAAGUUAGGCUUUGAUAACGUGAGGGUGGUCGCCUUGCUAGUUCUGGCCAUCUCAGCUCCACUUUCACAAGAACGUAAUUGCAGUAUCCCAGCUAGUAUAUUUUCUUAUGCAGUUACAUACCUGGGAAGGAUUUCUCAUGCUUUGAGUGACAUUAUUCAUCAAGAUGGCCUGUUGAAUUACUUGUCCCAAUGCAGUAGAUCCCCUGGACCAUAUGAUAUAGAGUUUGACUUCAGACUGAGGGGGUUACCUGGUUCAAUUGCAAUGCCAUUGCCGCAGAAACAAGGUGGAACCUCUGAAAUCUUAUCUCCAACAGUUAAGGAACCAAGGGAGGCUGGAACUGCCCUUGUAGAACACAGUCUAGAUGUGCAAGUGACCAAGUCAAUAAAUGUUGUUCUUGAAAAGGUGAAGGAUAUCUGGCCAUUUGUACAAGCUGGAUACACGACUGAAGGACUCAGGACUUUAAGAAGUUGCAGGGAAGAAUUGGCAACAUUGACGUCUGGCUCUGUUGCAUCUAGUGCCACUUUUGCCUUUACAACGCAGUAUAUCAAGAUCAUGAAACUACUUGUGAAGGCAUGGGUGUACAUCCUGCCUUCAAGACAUAUUCCUUCUAGCGGGAUGGGAGACUUGGACUUUGUGUUGGGAAAGCUAGACGUGAGGCUUAGUGAAUUGAAGAGUACGUAUAUAAGAUUGUCUAAAGAGGAAGAGUUGCAUAUUUUGGAGCUGAUGCUUGUGACUUGUAUGCUCAAGCUUUCUAAAGUUGAAAUUUGCUGCCAUCUUGGUACUUUGAGAAAGCUCUCUUGUACAAUGGCACAUGCGGAAUAUCUCCUUCAAGAUGGAACUGUUGAACCAUCCAGGUUUAUGAUUGAAGUCAGAAAUUUAUCAUCUGAAGUUGGGACCUCUCUCAAUGGCAGUUCCUGUAAUCCUAGUCUUUUUAGAAGAGCACUGGAAAGUUUCUCGCUCAAGCAGCUUGUGUUGUGUGGUGGACUUAAGCACAUAAAGGCAGGUCUGGAGAUACCUGACAAUGACUACGGACAUCCUCUUCGCUUUGUUGCAGGGUUGCCUGUUGGUAUACCAUGCCACAUCACUCUUCAUAAUGUUUUGGUCGAAAGCAGAAUAUGGCUCAAAAUGACUGUCAGUGGAACUGAUGAUACUCAGUUUGUCUACUUGGAUUCAACCCUUUUUGGAGGAUGCGAUGACUGUAGAAUAGUUGAUUUUACCGCACCUUUUUACAAAACCCCGAAAGCCUUCUCUUUCACGGUAAGCGUCUGCAUUUGUAUGGAAUAUUUGUCUGAGGAUGUAUCUUUUCUCAAACGUUGUGGACCUAGACACGAGCUUACAUAUCUUUGCCGAGAAAAGGAAGUUUUCCUUUCUAUGGUCAAGUGAAAAUUGAGUGGCUUCUCUCCAAGUAAAAAAAAAAAAAAACACAAAACAUGUCG